UCCUACCUAUUGUGGAUAGUUGCAAAACCCUUCUUCAACAUAAACCCCUCUUCCUCCCUUCCUGCAACUUCUUCCCCCUUCCUGCAACUCAAACUUCAAACCAUUUCUACAAUGAAAUCAAUUCUAAACCCAAAGUUUUCAUCUUUAUCUUCCAAUUUCCCCAAACUCUCUUCUUUCUCUCUCUUUUCACGCCCUUUUACCUCCUCUUUCCGCAACAAUCAAUCUCGAUUCUCCAACCCUCUUUGCCUGAAUCAAACAACAACAGCAACACCACUCUUCAUUGUUUCAUCCACUAACUCCAUUUCCAAAUCUCAAAAUCGAACUUUGCAAGCCACAGCAUCUACAUCCGGCGAUAUUCAUGUCAUUAUGGGCCCCAUGUUCGCCGGAAAAACCUCCUCUCUUAUCAGCCGCAUGAAGUCGGAGUCCGCCAAUGGAAGAAAUGUAGCAAUAAUUAAAUCAAGCAAGGAUACAAGAUAUGGAUUAGAUUCAAUUGUUACGCAUGAUGGUGCAAAAUUACCAUGUUGGGCACUAUCAGACUUAUCAUCGUUCAAGCAGAAGUUUGGAGUUGAUGCUUAUGAGCAGCUGGACGUGAUUGGCAUUGAUGAAGCUCAAUUCUUUGACGACCUUUAUGAUUUCUGCCGUGAAGCUGCUGAUCAUGAUGGAAAAACAGUAAUAGUUGCAGGACUUGAUGGUAACUAUUUGAGGAAGAGAUUUGGUUCUGUACUUGAUAUAAUUCCUCUUGCCGAUUCUAUAACUAAGUUAACGGCUCGAUGUGAAAUAUGUGGGAAGAAUGCUUUGUUCACCCUGAGGAAGACACAAGAUACUCAGGUUGAGUUGAUUGGUGGAGUUGAUGUCUACAUGCCUGUGUGUCGGCAGCACUAUGUCAAUGGACAGGUAGCCGUCGAAACGGCUCGUCAUGUUGUGGAAUCUAACAAGGUUGAAUGUGGGUCACAUACAUAAAUGCGCUUUUCGCAGCAGCUUCUUGUAACUUGGUGUGCCAAAUCCUACUAAUUAUAAGGAAAUAUAGAUUAGAAUCAUUCUUCAAUCUGAAUGUAGUUUUGAAAAGCAUUGAUCUAUGCUGUUAGAUUGUGAGGUUGCUGCAACUUUUAGGAAUGUGGGUUUGUCAAUCUGAAUGUACUAAUUAUGUAUGUAAUUUAUAGAUUAUGUAUGUGUAACAUCAUGGCAUGAUGAGCUUUGCCACAUUACGAUUAUAACAUCAUUUUUCAUAUAGUUUAAUGAUAUUUAUCAAUGCAUUA